ACUGCUGCAAGUGAGGAGAAAACCUCUGGUCAAGAUUUUCUUGUAGGACAUGUUUACAGGGGUGUGGAGACAUUGGGAAAGGAACUUUUUAUGUACUUCGAUGGGAAAGCUUUGAGGAUUCACUUCGGUAUGAAUGGUUCCAUGCGCAUUAAUCCUGAUAGAAGCAAAGACAGCAAUGGAGCACUACCAGUUUUGGAGAUACAGCUUACACAUGAUACUAUUUGGUUUUUUGAGGUGACAGUAGACUAUAGAAAUGCUGCUGAGAGUGAGCGGAAAGUGAGAAUGAUGGAAAGCCUGGAUGUCUGCUCUCCAAAGUUUAGCUUCUUAAGAGCAGAAAGUGAGAUUAAGCAGCAGAAAACCCGCAUGUUGUGUGAUGUGUUACUGGAUCAAGCAGUAUUACCUGGAGUGGGAAAUAUCAUAAAAAAUGAAGCACUAUUUGACAGUGGUCUUCACCCAGCUGUUAAGGUUUGCCAACUGACAGAUGAGCAUAUACGUCACUUGGUGAAAAUGACACGUGACUUUACCCUGCUUUUUUAUAAGUGCCGCAAAACUGGGUCUCCACUCUACAAACACUACAAAGUAUACAAGCGCCCAGCCUGUGGUCAGUGCAAUGAGAAGAUCACUGUGUGUCGUUUAGGAGAGAAUGACAGGAUGACUUACUUCUGCUCUCGAUGUCAAAAGGUGGAUCCCCAGCUUGUCAAUGUUAGCAAACUGCCAACUAGAAAUAGCCUAAUUGGCUGGGCAUAUGGCAGGGGGUCAUGUUCUAAUGAACAUGUAGCUCAGAAAUCUGAAGAGGAGUGGACGUGUAUGCACUGUACCCUAAUAAACAAGCCUUCUGCUGAAAUUUGUGAUGCCUGUUUGUCUUCAAGGCCUGAAG